AUCGCUUGUUGAUGCAAUCAGGAAUGCACACACACGCACAUACACACACACACCCUUUAGAAUGCUGCAGUUGCAUCGAUUGACUUUUCUGACGUCUCACAUAAUGGUUGAAGCUUAUAAACAAAAGUGUGGUAGAAGAUUUGCAUCUCGUAUCGCUACAAAAAUGGGCAGUAUUUCUUAAAACAAGUUAUUUUCAGUCGCCACGCUGCGUGGCAAUCGUCUAGUUUAAGCUCCAAAGUGUAAACAAACGACAGUGUAGAUAAAGCUAGCGCGAGAUGGCAUCCGAAGACAAGCCAUACAUGCAUAGCGAGCUUCAACGUCACUGGGAAAUGUAUCCAAACCGAUUAUCUUCCGGAGUCGAUGGCCCAUUACCCGCCGCCAGUGUACCGUCCGAUUCGCGCUCAGCAGCAACGACUCCAAACGGUUCCGGCAUGGCAUCAGCACCCGCUUCCCAAACGACCGGACCGAACCCAGCCGCAACAGCAAGAACCUAUGAGCAGGUGUACCACGAUAUGCUGGAACAGAAUUUCCGCAAUCGGAUUGUGCAGAUGGAUCCAUCACGUUCCGUAUCGCCAAAGACCGUACCAUCCACAACCGCCUCAGAACCGACUCCAUCAUCGUCCUCCAGCAAAAAGGACGAAUAUAUAACGACGGUUUACAAUAUUACGCCACGCGAGCUGCCGGCCACGCCAUCGCCUCAUAUGACACCGUGCGGAGCGAUACUACUCAACGGCAUUGGGCUCUCGGAUGGAACGAAACGCUCGAAUGUGGUACCUGUCAUAAUACCAGCUAGCAAACCGGCCCUGGAAACCGCAACGCAGCAGCAAACUCAGCAAUCGAGCGCUUACAAAAAAAAUACGGACACUGUCAUGCUCGCGCAGCAUCAGCGUCCCAAUAUGAUGCUUGACAUAAUUAAGCCGAAGGUAAAGCCACCUGCUCCGCCGCACGUGUACGGUGCACCCGAUGUCGGCCCUACGACGCUACAGCAACAGCACCCACCACCGAAACAGUACAGUCCCAGACUGGGACGCACCGGCCAUCGGAUUCUGUCCGCCAAUGAGAAGGUUACUGUAGAGUACAUUAACGAACCGCCGCCCGCUCACAGCUUUCCUAUGGAGGCACCGAGCGCAAUGUUUACGCAAACGACAAGCACCGCCCCAAGCGUUACCUCCAAUUCGGUACCCAAAGGACAGAGCCAGAUUGAGGCGCUCAACUUGGACACGAAGCAUGACAGCGGUAGCGGUGGCAAUUUGGUUAAGGUGGUUUCUGUUCUCGCUUUUCCCGCCAACACAUCCAUCAGCAGUCCGGAGUUAAAUCGGACAAUUGCCCACGAUAGUCCGAGCACCGAGGAAAGCCUUCGAGCAGCUACGUGCAGCAUCACGUCAGCUGCGUCCAGUAUGAAGCAAAGCUUAAAGGAAAGUCCUGUUGCAGCUGCAACCAUCAGCAGCACGCGGGCACCGCUAAAGCAGUCAGCAACGAAGGAACGUUCACUGGCAACCACGAAUCAAAGCUUAAAAGAAUGUCUUGCUGGGACUGCAUACCCGGGCUCGCGGAACCUACUCAAACAGCCUACUUCCUCUAUAAAUCCGGCCACUAAGGAAAAACUUCUUGCCAGCCUUAGUGGCAUUAAAAAAGAAUCACAAAAACAAUCACCUGGCCUUACGAAAGCGAACGCGAAGGAAAGUGGUCUUGCUACGGCAUCUACCAGCAGCACACUGGAUUCCCCCACACAAGCAGGCAGCAUUGCGAAGCCAGCUUUAAAAGAAUGUCUUUUUGGAGCAUCAUUAUCCAGCGCACAGGAAUCGAUUAAUCAACCCGCAGUCGUAACGCAUCCGAAGACGAAGGCGAGUCCUCUUGAAGCAUCAACCAGCACGCAGGGAUCGAUUAAUCAGCCCGCAGUGGUUAUGCAUCCGAAGAUGAAGGAAAGUCUUCGUAGAGCAUCAUUAUCCUGCGCACCGGAGCCGCUUGAACAAUCCGCUGUCGGUAUGAAUUCGAAGACGAAAGAAAUUCUUCCUGGAGGAGCUACAUCAACCAGCGCAUUAGAACUGCUUCAACAACCCGCUGUGGCUAUGGAUACGAAGACAAAAGAAAGUCCUCUUGGAGCAUCAUUAUCCAGCGCACCGGAACCGCCUAAACUAUCCACUGUCGAUAUGAAUCCGAAGACGAAGGCGAGUCCUCUUGAAGCAUCAACAAGCACGCAGGCAUCGAUUAUUCAGCUCGCAGUCUUAAUGCAUCCGAAGAUGAAGGAAAGUCUUCUUGGAGCAUCACUACCCAGCACGCAGGAAUCGAUUAAUCAGCCCGCAGUCGUAAUGCUUCCGAAGACAAAGCAAAGUCCUCUAGGAGCUACAUCAACCAGCGCAUUGGAACUGCUAAAACAACCUGCUGUGGGUAUGGAUCGAAAGACUAAAGAAAGCCCUCUUGGAGCAUCAUUAUCCAGCGCGCAGGAAUCGAUUACUCAGCCCGCAGUCUUAAUGCAUCCGAAGAUGAAGGAAAGUCUUCUUGGAGCAUCACUACCCAGCGCACAGGAAUCGAUUAAUCAGCCCGCAGUCGUAAUGCUUCCGAAGACAAAGCAAAGUCCUCUAGGAGCUACAUCAACCAGCGCAUUGGAACUGCUAAAACAACCUGCUGUGGGUAUGGAUCGAAAGACUAAAGAAAGCCCUCUUGGAGCAUCAUUAUCCAGCGCGCAGGAAUCGAUUAUUCAGCCCGCAGUCGUAAUGCACCCGAAGAUGAAGGAAAGUCUUCUUGGAGCAUCACUACCCAGCGCACAGGAAUCGAUUAAUCAGCCCGCAGUCGUAAUGCUUCCGAAGACAAAGGAAAUUCCUCUAGGGGCUACAUCAGCCAGCGCAUUGGAACUGCUAAAACAACCUGCUGUGGGUAUGAUUUCGAAGACGAAGGCGAGUCCUCUUGAAGCAUCAACCAGCACGCAAGCAGUCGUUAUGCAUCCGAAGAGGAAGGAAAGUCCUCUAGGUGCUAGAUCGUCCAGUGCACCGGAACCACUUAAACAAACUGCCGUCGGUAUGAAUCCCAAGACGAAGGAAAUUCUUCCUGGAGGAGCUGCUUUAACCAGCGCACCGGAACACCUUAAACCAUUCGCUGUCGGUAUGAAUCCCAAGACGAAGGAAAUUCUUCCUGGAGGAGCUACAUUAACCAGCGCAACGGGACUGCUUAUGCAAUCCGCUGUCUGUAUGAAUCCCAAGACGAAGGAAAUUCUCCCUGGAGGUGCUACAUUAACCAGUGCAACGGGACCGCUUAUACAGCCCACUAUCGCUAUGAAUCCGAAAACGAAGGAAAGUCUUCUUGCAACGACAUCCACCACCAGCAGCCCGCGUGAAUCGUUAAACCAACCCAACGCCAUUGUUAUAAAACCGAAAAAAAAGGAAUGUCUUCUUGCCAGCGUAGCCACCACUACAAAGGAACAGUUGAAACCGGCAGGCUUUUUAAAUCCAACCACCAAGGAAAGACUUCAGGCGACCCUUACCACCACCGCGCAGGUAUCGCUAAACCAGCUAGCAACCGUUACGCAUCCGGGCACGGCAGCAAACGACACCAAGAAGAUAGUACAAAAAGUAUCGGCAGUGCCAUCGGCUUUCAAUGCCAAUCCAGCGAUAUGGGAGCAACUGCAAAAGUACAAUUUGCAGCAUCUGCUAGCACAAGUAAUGCUGCAAACAAACAAGGCCGCGGCGGGCGUUCAAACGCAAACGAAUCAACCGCCGGAACGCAUUCAGCCGAGCUCAGCGCAUACGGUAGUACCUUCGGCAGCCAACAGCACACCGUUAGCAAUGGCCACCCUAAGCUAUCACCCGGCAAAGACAAUCACCCCAGCACAAUCGCCGGCAACGUAUGACCAUCUGCAGCGGCCCUUCAUUGCUUUGUCGCCCUCCACCAUGACGAAGCUGGAGUACGAGCAGCUGCUGUACCAAAAAAUCCAAGCCAUGAAGCGGAAAAACCCACCGAAGGAUACCGAUCCGAACAAGCGGCGCCGAUCGAACCCGCGACCGAAGCGCCCGACGGAAGCGUUCCUGCAGAACGGUCCCUGCUACAAGGUGGCCUCCCGGUUGCCCCGCUGCCGGGAGUGUGGCCGGUCUGCUGCGGUACGGUCGCGGAAUGCAUCCAUCAUCUUUUGUCGGUUUAUAGCGUUCCGCAAGCUCAAGUACAAUGAUUCAGGACAGCUGGAGGUGUACGGGUUUGCCGACCCGAUUUGGGACGCGAAGGAGGCGGACACCAGUCUGUGGAGCUCCAAUUUGCAGAAAGUGCCAGCGGAUCUGUCGGUGGAGAAGUCCAAAUUUCUGCUCGGCCAGGUGGGCUACAAGUUUUGCGAACUGUUCCACCAGGAGAAGGAAGCGUACUAUGAGCACAUGGCUGAAGAUAAAACCAUAGCCUGGAAGCAGGCGGUGCAGGGUGUGCGGGAGAUGUGUGACGUUUGCCAGACGACGCUGUUCAAUCACCAUUGGGUCUGUUCAACGUGCGGGUUUGUCGUGUGCAUCGACUGCUACAAGUGUCGCAAAAAUGGUAUUAUAACGGCGGACUCGUCAGCCAAGGACAAGGACGCGAACGGCUGGUUGCUGUGCAGUGCCACGAAGGAACCGCACGACCAGACCCGGCUGAUGCUGACGCAAAUCAUCCCGAGCAAAUGUCUGUACACGCUGGUCCGCCAGAUGCACGGUAUCUGUGCGCUGCUGGAAAUCCCGCUCAACUGUGACUGUCCGCUAACGAGGGAACCGCCGCUGAGAAAGAUAAUGGAUCAGCUGAAAUUCAUUUACCCGCUCAUGCCGGAUGAAGCUGGCGGGGCGCUUGAAUUUACCGGUGGAGAGGUGUCCGUUACGAUAAAGCACAUCGAGCAGAUGACGACGGGUGGUAGCUAUGGGAAAGUGGUGGACGGUUUGAAAAACGAAGAAAGCGAUCCGUACGAAUGUCGGAUCGUGUUUAUGCAGCAAUAUCGGGAGUGUCGGGAGCAGCAAAACGCGUGGCCAUCAUCGUGCAGCGGGCAGGAAGAGGCCAAUGAGGCUGCCAAGGAAAAGCAAAGCUACAGCUUUGAUGGUUUCGAGCGGGAGAUUCAUGCCGCCGGUGACCAUUUCGAUGAGCGGCUGUACAAGGCUACGGCCGUUUCGAAGGCACCGGUUAAGGCGGAACACGAACAGGAUGGUGACAAAAUGUUGACGGACAGCCCGGACGAUGAGGGCGUUGUUCUGGGCACUAACAGUAAUGAAAGUUUCGUUAUGGAAAGCGAGACCGAACAUCAGGGUGGUGGUGGUGGUGUGCCCAAUGUGAAGCAAGAGCCAAACGGAUUGGUACACAAUCGGACGUCCAACGGGAGUCAGGAGGGCUCAGGCAAUGUGCCACUGAAGACGGAAUGUGCUGUGCCCGCAGCUAAUGGGAACGGGACGGCGAAUGACAAUGGCACCAAGGAGGUGCCCCAAACGCUUCCGGUACCUUACAGCGAGGAGGAUCGGUUUAAGCCGUCCCCUACGGUGGACGAAAAAACAGUCACCAUGAUCAUCAAGCAGGUGGUGAAAACGGACAAGAGCAUUUUCCCGCUCCUGCAGCCGCACAUGGUGAGCACGCGGCACCAGCUGAACGAUUUCGUCGAGUGCGUCAGCAUACAGCGCGAGCGGGCGAAGCAGUUUGUGGCCGAGUUUCUCGACGAGUUUAUCUUCCUGAAAGGGCAAAACGGUAGCGACGAUCUGGUGAACGACCGCGGAACCGUGGACUACAAUCGCAGCAUGAAGGAGGGAUCUGCCCGGUACCGCAACAAGAGCGAGCGUAGAAUGAACCUCGUGCAGUCGAAAACGCUCUACCCGGACGUGGCCCACGACUGGCUCUGCAAUGGGCGGCUGCUGCGGUUGCUCGACCCGCUCGACGUGCACAACUAUCGCGUAUUCCACGAGCAGUGGGAACGGGGCCAGCCCGUGAUGGUGUCGGCCGUCUCGAGCAAGAUGAACAUGGACCUGUGGCUGCCGGGCUCGUUCGGGCGCGACUUUGGCGACCAGGUGAACGAUCUGAUCAACUGCCUCAACGGCAAGAUAGUGCGCGGCCAUCCGAUGCGCGUGUUUUGGGAGGGCUUCGAGGAGCUGAGCGAGCGGCUGCUGGACGAGCGCGAGCGGCCGAUGAUGCUGAAGCUGAAGGAUUGGCCGCCCGGGGACGAUUUUGCCGAAAUGAUGCCGACCCGGUUCUACGAUCUCAUGAAGUCGCUCCCGCUGGCCGAGUACACGCGGCGCGAGGGUCGCCUGAAUUUGGCCAGCCGGCUGAGCAGCUUCUUCGUGCGGCCCGAUCUCGGGCCAAAGAUGUACAGUGCGUACGGGUCGGCGCUGCAUCCGACCAAGGGCACCACCAACCUGCACCUGGACAUUUCCGACGCGGUCAACGUGAUGGUGUACGUGGGCGUACCGCGGGACGUACCGAGCGCCCGGUACAACGAGAAGAUCGUCGAGCUGAUCGACUCGGAGGAUUGCGACUAUCUGACGCGCCAGCGGGUACGGGAGCGGAAGGAGCUGCCCGGAGCACUGUGGCACAUCUAUCACGCGCAGGACGCGGACAAGAUACGCGCCCUGCUCAACCGGAUCGAGCUGGAGCGGGGCGGCACGAUCAAGCCCAACCACGACCCGAUCCACGACCAGAAGUGGUACCUCGAUCGCAACCUGCGCAAGCGGCUGCAGCAGGAGUACCACGUGGAGGGGUACGCGAUCGUGCAGUGCGCCGGCGAUGCCAUAUUCAUACCGGCCGGUGCGCCCCACCAGGUGCGCAACCUGCACAACUGCAUCAAGGUGGCGGAGGAUUUCGUGUCGCCGGAGAACGUCUCCCACUGUCUGAAGCUGACGAACGAGUUCCGGCACCUGAGCGGGACGCACUCGAACCACGAGGAUAAGCUGCAGAUCAAGAACAUCAUCUACCACACGGUGAAGGAUGCGGUCUCGAGCAUAACGAACCCGCUGAUCCGGAUGGCUCGCGGGGAGGACGAACGAUGGGCGAAAUGAGUGGCGUAAAGUUAGGCGGAUGUACACAAAGGACUAAUCACGAAUGUUCCAGGGCUUAGGCAUUGUGCGAUACUACACUACACUCUCAGCAAUUACACGGAGCAAGCGGUAGAGUAGAGGUUUAGAGUAUAUCAAUUGGGAAGAGAUUAAAACUUUUAGACGAUCAUGCAAUCCAUGAA